CACGCUUUUUCAGACAAACAUCACAAUUGACUAGCUCGUGUCACGUACAAGUAUGGCAAUGGCUCAAAUGUCGUUCUAUGUGAUUUUUUCCGUAAAUCUGAAUGAUGUUUUCACUCGAUAAAUGUUUUUUUUUGGAAAUUUAUAUGAAAUUUUAGCUUGGAUCAUUAACAAUAUCAGUUUGCUCACAUUUGCACUGGAAUAAAUUGCUUACGAAAAUUUAAGUUUUUGUGGAUUCUAAGUAAAGCAGUACGUAAAAAAUUAUAUAACAGCAACAUUCGUAUCCGAUAAAAUUAUUGCUGCCAAAAAACAGACUGAUUCUAAAAUAUACACUGCGCAAUUGACACCGUCGAAAACCAUAUGUCGCACAGGCUAUCACUCGCGGAAGCGCCCUGGCAAUAUUACCAGUUAUAUAAAAUACGUUAUUAUACGUUUUUUAUACAUCGUUUUCGGAGGCAACAUGUUCUUGUAUCCUGGCGACAGUUCAAAUAUUAGAUAACAGUCAUUAAUUUAGUAUUUCAGUAUCGGCCCGAAAUGCCAAUUUAUGUUACGACCUUCGCUAACCACGUUUUUUCUGUCGAGUCUGAAUCAAUUCAAUUCUUCUGUUUUUAGCAUAAUCUUAUCGUAUACAACUAGCCUUUCUUUGUACUAAUGAUCGAAAAAUCUACGUUGAAGCAAGCAUUUUAUUAAUAAGGUUGUUUUUGCUACGCAAUAUAAAGCUAUAGCAUAAAGACCGAAAGUAGCAUUAAUUACCCCGCAGUUUUCAACCAAUAUAUUUACUGCUCGACGCAAAAUAUCAGGUUCAGAACAUCCAAUUCACUUGCCGUAACAUAUUUCUUUUUGAUACCGGUUUCAUCAGGUUCGCUUUUCCAUUCUCCUGUGUGUGCUAAAAGCGGUAGGUGAAAUGGAUUAUAAAUAAUCAUUUCAUUGUUAUUUCCAUCACUUGCGUUAUAGAAUAAUUUUGCUUCGAAAAAGUUUGUUAUUUUGACGUUUUUUGAAGAAGUUGUUUAUUCACGGUUAGAAAGAGUGACUCGUAAUACCACACAAUUUAAAACUAAUUGAACCCAAAUUAAGAAUCGUACGAUUAUGGAAGAUUGCUUUACUAAUCUUGCAACAGCUGAUUGUUGGCACUCGUUCAAUUCUGCACACUUUCGUAACAAGGUUACAGUUGAUAAUAUCAGUCGGUUUGUUAUGAUUAUCGCAACUAAACUCCUCGAAAAUCAUUGAACACUGUUCAACCGUCUUUCCAAUAAAUAGCUGCAUACGUUAGUUCCGCAUGCAGUCACCUGUCUGGUUCAGUUUGUGUCGUAAACUUAAGUUCAUUCAUAUCAAUUUCAGUGGCUUAAAGUAGUUUGAACUAUAUUUGUAUUUUUUAUGAGCAAAUACGACUACCUUCAAUGAUAAGGUCUGAUAUAUCGAUUUCAUACUAGCGCAAUAUGUGUUAUAAUUAUUUCUCAUCCUUUCCCUUCAAUUGUUAUUGAUUUCAAUCUAAGCGAGAUAAUGCCAAUCAGUUUCAACUGAUUCGUAUAGAAUUCAAAAACAAAUCGACUGCACAACUUCCUAUUGCAACCUCCAAUAGACAGCUGAUUACAGUUAUGUAGCAUUUGUUCAAACUCAAUGAGUUGAAACUAGUACCCGGCUACCUCUAGGAGAUCACCUUUUUGGCUUCCAUGGCCGAUGAACACUGUACUUACUAAUCGACGAACGACUGUAAACUGAUAACAGUUGUUUAAUAAACCUUGAAAUAAUCCGCCGUGAUGAAAGUCGGUCAGUACGACGCUCACCUCGGAACAGUGCACUUGGUAGCCGCGUUUGUCGUCAAAUCGAAGAAACUAAUAGUGGAUCACCUCUGUAUUAAGAUAAAGAAAUAUUUCGCCGAAACUAACAAUGCAACGCGAACUUUGAGGAAAGUCGAACACCAACAACCAGCAUUGCAGUGAAACUUAUAGGCAGCUCGGACACAGCUGCACAAGUCCUUUACAAUCACACAUAAUCUCAGUGACAAUUAUCUGUGUUUUGUCCUUGAGACUAUCGUAUAAGUAGUGGUUAUUACAAAUUUCAUAUUUGGAUAGUUUUUUUACAUCGGAAGAGUGUGCGCUGAAGCGUGUUAGUAUAAUUCAGUCUCAAAUCGUCAUCCAUCACCAUUAUCACAAUGUCGAUGUGCGGAGCGCAAAUUGCAUUGAAGUCCUUCAAAAGGGCACCACGAAUCAGGAUCUGGUCUAUGACCAAGAAUGCUUAUUCAACUCAGGUAGAAUACAAACCCAUUCGAUCCGUGCUGGUUGCGAAUCGGGGUGAGAUUGCCAUCCGUGUCUUCCGAGCCUGUACCGAAUUGGGCAUCCGUUCAGUAGCUGUCUACUCUGAACAGGACAAAAUGCACAUGCAUCGUCAGAAGGCAGACGAGUCAUAUAUGGUUGGUAAAGGCCUAGCACCAGUUGAAGCUUAUCUCAACAUUCCAGAAAUCGUUAGAGUUUGUAAGGAAAACGAUGUUGAUGCAGUCCACCCGGGUUAUGGGUUUCUGUCCGAGCGGUCGGACUUUGCGCAAGCAAUAAUUGAUGCAGGUCUUCGGUUUAUCGGCCCUUCACCCAAAGUAGUUCAACAGAUGGGUGACAAAGUGGCAGCCCGUCAAGCGGCAAUCCAGGCUGGUGUGCCGAUUGUUCCAGGAACUGACGGUCCAGUUACAACCAAAGAAGAAGCACUCGAUUUCUGCAAAAAGCAUGGUCUACCAGUCAUCUUCAAAGCCGCUUAUGGUGGUGGAGGACGCGGCAUGAGAGUUGUGCGAAAGAUGGAAGAGGUUGAGGAUAGCUUCCAACGUGCGAGUUCGGAGGCGAAAGCUGCUUUUGGUAACGGUGCCAUGUUCAUAGAAAAGUUUAUCGAACGACCACGUCACAUAGAAGUGCAGCUCCUCGGGGAUAAGGCGGGCAACGUAGUUCAUCUUUACGAACGGGAUUGCUCGGUUCAACGUAGGCAUCAAAAAGUAGUUGAAAUCGCUCCGGCACCAAGACUGGCUACAGAAGUACGCGACAAAAUGACUGAAUACGCUGUCAAGUUAGCCAAACAUGUUGGGUAUGAAAAUGCCGGCACAGUGGAGUUCCUUUGCGAUGAAACGGGGAACUUCUACUUUAUCGAAGUAAAUGCUCGACUUCAGGUUGAACACACCGUUACCGAAGAAAUUACCGGAAUCGAUUUGGUACAAUCGCAAAUCAGGAUAGCCGAAGGUAUGACUCUACCGGAAUUGGGAUACACUCAAGAUAAUAUCAAGACUCAAGGAUAUGCCAUCCAAUGCCGUGUGACAACCGAAGACCCUGCCAAUGAUUUCCAGCCAAGCACCGGUCGUUUGGAAGUGUUCAGAUCCGGUGAAGGAAUGGGUAUUCGACUGGACAGUGCAUCCGCGUAUGCUGGUGCAAUUAUUUCACCGUACUAUGACUCUUUGCUUGUCAAAGUUAUCUCCCACGCCCAUGAUCUUCAAUCUUCUGCAGCGAAGAUGAAUCGAGCUUUACGUGAGUUCCGAAUCCGUGGAGUUAAAACCAAUAUUCCCUUCCUACUUAAUGUAUUGGAAAAUCAAAAAUUCCUCAAUGGUGUUCUGGAUACAUACUUCAUCGAUGAACAUCCACAACUGUUCCGCUUCGCUAAAUCGAAAAAUCGUGCGCAAAAAUUGCUCAACUACCUCGGCGAGGUGCUAGUUAAUGGACCUACGACUCCGUUGGCAACGAAACUUAAGCCUGCCGAUGUACAUCCGCAUGUCCCGCCGGUACCGUUAGAUUUGUCACCACAAGCACUUGCUGACGAAGAGGAAGCCGGUAAAAAAGUUCAAAAAAAACAUUUCACAGUGACCGAACCACCACGCGGAUUCAAGGACAUUCUUCGAGAGAAGGGUCCGGAGGGAUUCGCCAAAGCCGUACGCGCCCAAAAAAAUCUACUGUUGAUGGAUACCACGUUCCGGGACGCGCAUCAAUCUCUCUUAGCAACACGUGUUCGAUCACAUGACUUGUUGAAGAUUUCCCCGUACGUUUCGCACAAAUUCAACAAUUUUUACUCGUUGGAGAACUGGGGCGGGGCGACGUUUGAUGUAGCCCUUCGCUUCUUGCAUGAGUGCCCCUGGGAACGUUUGGAAGAUAUGCGCAAGCAGAUUCCUAACAUUCCAUUCCAGAUGCUGUUACGUGGAGCGAACGCCGUCGGGUACACCAAUUAUCCGGACAACGUAGUCCACAAGUUUUGCGAGCUUUCGGUGCAAUGUGGUAUGGAUAUUUUCCGAGUGUUUGAUUCUCUGAACUAUCUACCGAACUUAAUCUUGGGUAUGGAUGCGGCCGGUAAUGCAGGCGGUGUUGUAGAGGCUGCAAUCUCCUAUACAGGAGAUGUUAGCGAUCCAAGCAAGAAGAAAUAUGAUCUCAAGUACUACACAAACUUGGCUGACGAGUUGGUCAAAGCUGGAACACAUGUUUUGUGUAUCAAAGAUAUGGCCGGGCUCCUAAAACCACAAGCCGCUAAAUUACUAAUAACAGCUAUACGUGAUCGUCAUCCUGAUGUUCCGAUCCACAUUCACACCCAUGAUACCUCCGGUGCUGGCGUAGCGUCCAUGCUUGCGUGUGCCCAAGCUGGAGCCGAUGUAGUCGAUGUGGCCGUUGAUUCGAUGUCCGGAAUGACAUCACAGCCAAGCAUGGGUGCCGUUGUAGCAUCAUUGCAAGGAACUCCCUUGGAUACUGGUCUUAACCUUCGUGACAUCAGUGAGUAUUCGGCCUACUGGGAACAAACCCGAACGCUUUACGCUCCAUUCGAGUGCACCACAACGAUGAAAUCUGGAAACGCGGAUGUGUACCUGAAUGAAAUACCUGGAGGCCAAUAUACCAACCUUCAGUUCCAAGCUUAUUCACUAGGCUUGGGCGACUUUUUCGAGGAUGUCAAAAAGGCAUAUCGGGAAGCCAAUCUAUUACUUGGUGACAUCAUCAAAGUGACACCAUCGUCAAAAGUUGUCGGUGAUUUGGCACAGUUCAUGGUGCAGAAUCAUUUGUCUGCUGAACAAGUCAUGGAACGGGCCGAAGAACUUUCAUUCCCUAAAUCAGUGAUCGAAUUCCUUCAGGGUGCCAUCGGUACACCACACGGAGGCUUCCCUGAACCGUUCCGUUCCCGUGUACUAAAAGACAUGCCACGCAUCGAAGGACGCCCAGGUGCCUCUCUCGCCCCUCUGGACUUCGACAAACUGAAAAAAGAACUCCAAGAAUCUCACCACGAUGUGACAGAUCGCGAUGUCAUGUCUGCUGCCUUAUAUCCACAGGUCACCAACGAUUACCUCAACUUCAAAGACUCGUUUGGACCUGUUGACAAGCUUGAUACAAGAGUUUUCCUCACUGGGCCAAAAGUUGGCGAGGAAUUCGAAGUUACAAUUGAAAAAGGAAAAACGCUUGGCUUUAAAACGCUAGCAAUGUCCGAAGAUUCAACUGCAAACGGAGAACGCGAAGUGUUCUUUGAACUGAAUGGACAGUUGCGAUCGGUGCUUAUCCGCGACAAAGAAGCUGUAAAGGAAUUACACAUACAUCCCAAAGCAACCAAAGGAAACAAAGAUCAAGUUGGAGCCCCUAUGCCUGGUUCCGUUAUUGAGGUCAAGGUGAAGGUGGGUGAUCGCGUUGAUAAGGGUCAGCCAUUGGUUGUAUUAUCCGCAAUGAAGAUGGAAAUGGUCGUCCAAUCUCCACGUGCAGGUGUAGUAAAAACGCUGGAUAUCACUGCUGGAAUGAAACUGGAAGGCGAAGAUCUAAUUCUUACACUAGAAUAGAGUGUGUUCUUGUUUAGUCAGUUGAGCUAAGACGAAAAAAGUCAACCUAUGUUACGUUCACGUUCAUACCCGGUGGUUAUAGAGCGCUUUAGCGGUUUAAAUUGUAAGAGCAAAAUGGGAUUAAUUAUUCUGUGAAGAAAGCUUGAAAUUAUACUUAAGAACUUAUGUUGCAUCGUGUCUCGUUCAGGUGUUAUACUAUGUGCAACUUUUGUUAUUUUUUAUGAUACAAUUCACUAGCAUUUUUUGGUGAAUAACUUAGAAUUAACAAAAUAAAACAAACACAGUUUGUAAAUGAA